CCAUCGCCGUCAUGUCCCGCUACCUGCACCCCCCCCAAUAUGUCUCUGUUCAUAAGGAAUGUGGCCAACGACACCAGGUCUGAAGAUUUACGACGAGAAUUUGGUCGUUAUGGUCCUAUAGUUGAUGUGUAUGUUCCACUUGAUUUCUACACGUGCCGUCCAAGAGGAUUUGCUUAUGUUCAAUUUGAGGAUGUCCGUGAUGCCGAAGACGCUUUACAUAAUUUGGACAGAAAAUGGAUUUGCAGAUGCCAAAUUGAAAUACAGUUUGCACAAGGGGAUCGGAAGAUUCCAAAUCAAAUGAAAGCCAAGGAAGGGAGGAAUGUGUACAGCUCUUCACGCUAUGAUGAUUAUGACAGAUACAGACAUUCUAGAAGCCGGAGUUAUGAAAGAAGAAGAUCAAGAAGCUGGUCCUUUGAUUACAACUAUAGAAGAUAUUAGAGUCCUAGAAACAGUAGACCGGCUGGAAGACCACGGCCUAGCAGAAGCCAUUCCGACAAUGAUAGAUUCAAACCAUUCCGACAAUGAUAGAUUCAAACACUGAAAUCAAUCUUUUUCAAGAUCUAAAUCCAAUUCAAGAUCACGGUCCAAGAUCCAGCCCAAGAAAGAAAUGAAGGCUAAAUCACGUUCUAGGUCUGCAUCUCACACCAAAACUAGAGGCACCUCUAAAACAGAUUCCAAAACACAUUAUAAGUCUGGCUCAAGAUAUGAAAAGGAAUCAAGGAAAAAAGAAGCACCUAGAUCCAAAUCUCAGUCAAGAUCACAAUCUAGGUCUAGGUGAAAAUCUAGAUCGAGGUCUUGGACCAGUCCUAAGUCCAGUGGCCACUGAUAGUAUAAACCUUGAUAUUUUUAGGCAUGUAUCAUUCAUUUACUCAUAGUUUGGUUUACUUAAAUUAUCAGGAAUACAAUGUUGCAAUGAUGCUUUAAAAACACUUGUCAGUUUUCCCUGUACCAGGCAAAUGGUUAUAAUUAAAAUGAUAUGCUGUUGAGAAGCCACUCUUAAGAGUCCAGUUUGUUUAAUGUUA